AUGCAGGCCAUGGCCGCCGCCGGCCAGAUCUCCCUCGACGACCUGCGCGCGGCAGCAGCAGGCGCUGCGGGCGGCGUGCACGACGACUUCCUGGACCAGAUGCUCGGUGGCCUGCCGCCGUCGGCAUGGCCGGAGCUGGCAUCCGCGGCGGGAGGGAAGGCGCCGGAUGGCGGCGCGCAGGCGGAGGGGAUGCAGCACCAGGCGCAGCACUUCGGUGGGGGGUUGUACGACGAGUCCGCCUUGCUGGCGUCGCGGCUCCGGCAGCACCAGAUCAGCGGCGGCCCUGCAGGCGGCGGCGGCGGCGGCGCGGAGGCCGCGAAGCAGAUGGUGCUGCAGCAGCUGGCCGAUCUGAGGCAGGGACACCAUAUGUUGCUGCAGGGCAUGGGCCGCUCGACGGGCGGCGGCGGCGGCAGCGGAGACGGCGGCCUGCUCCUCCCGCUCUCCCUCGGCAGUGGCGGAUCGGGCGGCGACGUGCAGGCGCUACUCAAAGCCGCCGCCAACUCCGCUGUACUGAUCCAUCGCCUUCUUUGCUCAAAUCCACUUGCAGCCUUUUUCCCCUUCAAGAAUCUAGAAUCUUUUGCGAAAAAGUUCGCGUUUUUAUUCGGAGUUCGUUCGUUCCAGGGAGGAGAAGCCGGCGGCGUCUUCGGCGGUUCCUUCGCCGGAUCACUCCAGCAGCAGCAACAGCAUUUUCAGUCGCAUCCGCAGCAGCAAACGGCGCCGUUGCCGGGCCAGGGCUUCGGUGGAGGAGACGGAGGCGCGGGCGCGGGCGCGUCCGGCGGCGUGGCCGGGGCUGCGGGCGGAGGCGCGGCGGCGCCGCCCAGGCAGCGCGUACGGGCGCGGCGCGGCCAGGCUACCGACCCCCACAGCAUCGCGGAGCGGCUCCGGAGAGAGAGGAUCGCGGAGAGGAUGAAGGCGCUGCAGGAGCUGGUGCCCAACGCCAACAAGACGGACAAGGCGUCGAUGCUGGACGAGAUCAUCGACUACGUCAAGUUCCUGCAGCUCCAAGUCAAGGUGCUGAGCAUGAGCCGGCUAGGUGGCGCCGCUGCCGUCGCGCCGCUCGUGGCCGACAUGUCCUCGGAGGGUCGAGGCGGGGCGGCGGCCGCGGCCGGGAGCGAUGGCCUGGCGGUGACGGAGCAGCAGGUGGCGAAGCUGAUGGAGGAGGACAUGGGCACCGCCAUGCAGUACCUGCAGGGGAAGGGACUGUGCCUCAUGCCCGUCUCCCUCGCCUCCGCCAUAUCCUCCGCGACGUACCACAUGCGACCGCCUGUGGGGGGACCCGGACUCGGGGUCGCCGCCGCCGCGCACCAUAUGGCCGCCAUGCGGUUGCCCCACGGCAUGAACGGCGGCGCUGGAAGCGGAGCCGACGCCGUGCCGGCCUCCCCGAGCAUGUCCGUGCUCACGGCGCAGUCGGCCAUGAACAACGGCGCCGGGGAUGGCGGGGCUGAUGGCGAGGGCUCGCACUCGCAGCAGCAGCAGCAUUCCAAGGACGCCGCGUCCGUGUCGAAGCCGUGA